CCUCUCCCUCUCCCCCCCUCCCCCCUCCCCCUCUCUCUCUAUCUGUCUAUCUCUCCCUCUCUCUUCUGAAUGUUGGGAGACCUGGACAAUGUCGUACCCACAGUUCGGAUAUCCCUACACAUCUGCGCCUCAGUUUCUGAUGACCACCAAUCCCCUGACUACGUGCUGUGAGUCAAGUGGCAGAACGCUGACGGAUUCGGGGGCAGCCGCUUCUGCACAAACUCCUGUCUAUUGUCCCGUGUACGAGAGUAGGCUGUUGGCCACCGCCAGGCAUGAGCUGAACUCUGCGGCUGCACUCGGAAUGUAUGGGAGCCCGUAUGCCACGAGCCAGGGAUAUGGCAACUAUGUCACCUAUGGGGCAGAUCCUUCUGCUUUCUAUUCACUGAGUCCAUUUGACACCAAGGAUGCAGCUGGAUCUGCGCAUGCGGGGAUCGCCCAGGCAGCUGCCUAUUACCCAUAUGAUCCUAGCUUGGGACAAUAUCAAUACGACAGGUACGGAGCGGUAGAUCCAGGGGCCAGGCGGAAAAAUGCAACCCGAGAAACCACCAGCACGCUGAAAGCUUGGUUGCAGGAGCACAGAAAGAACCCUUACCCCACCAAAGGGGAGAAGAUCAUGCUGGCCAUCAUCACCAAGAUGACCCUGACCCAGGUCUCCACCUGGUUCGCCAACGCCAGGAGGAGACUCAAGAAGGAGAAUAAAAUGACCUGGUCGCCGAGGAAUAAAUGCACCGAUGACAAAAAACCCUAUGAAGACGAAGAAGACGAAAGUCCAAGCCGUAAGAGUCCGGAAGAUAAACACAAUGAUGAUACCACAUGCAAAGAGGACAAAGAGCUGCAGCUGAGUGACCUCGAUGACUUUGAUGGAAUCGAGACGGAAAGUGACGAGUGUGAGCUGAAAGGCCCGUUUCAACAGAUGGACAGCGGUCAGAUCAAGGUUUCAGAAUGCCAGGCUGACCAGUGCAAGAAGGUCGCUUUAAAGAUACCCUUGCCAACCCCGGGAGAUCGCUAUUCGGAAAAGGUCAAGAACUGUCUUAAGCGAGUGAUGACGAACUCCGAGCAAGACCUGAUGGCAGGAGGACAGAGGGAAUGUGAAUCUAAGUUUUGCUUCCAGCAACAGCAACAGAGUCAGCAGAUGAUGGACAGCAAGCCUCGGAUAUGGUCCCUGGCUCAGACGGCUACUUCGCUGAGCCAAGCUGAGUAUCCAUCUUGCAUGUUGAAACGGCAUCAGCAGGCAAUCUCAUCCUCGCCCCCUUUGACCUCUAUGCCAACCAGCCUGGUGGACAGGCAAGAUUCCCCAGUCACCACCCUGAGGAAUUGGGUGGACGGGGUUUUCCACGACCCUCUAUUCAGACACAGCACUUUAAAUCAGGCACUUACCAACACCACCGUUUCCUGGGCCGCCACUAAAGGUGCUAUAUUGGAUACAGAGGCAAUGGGGCGCUCUUUGGGAACUCCUACAAAUACCAUUAAAGGACAGAUCCCAGGCUUACCCCAACAAGAAAAUAGUAAGGACCUCGUAGCGUUUCCUAAAACAGGGAACAAAAUGUUUUGUUCGUAACAAACCAAAUAAUAUGGACUCGUGCAGUGGGGGCGCUUUUGAUGCACUAAGGAGAGGCAGUCUAUCUUCAGACUUUAACAAGACGUUCUAUUCACAAACCCAGCCCAUCUUUUACUAGACUUUAUCACUGUUUAAAACUUUUCACAAAACAACCGAAGUUAUUUCAAACGCUCUUUAACUCAAUAGUGCUAUGUAGUUUAUUCAAGUUCGUGUUGGAAAGCACACCUAAACGAAAUUAUAGACAUUAUCGGUAAGGUUUACAAAUCCCAGAGUUUACAAAAGUGGGUAGCUUAGGUUGGAGUUCGCAGUCUGCUUGAAAGCAUGCAAAUAUAAUUUCCCGAAAAUCCAUCUUUGACAAAAAAUAUGUAUGCUACUAUCGAGCUCUGCCAAUGGAUCACUAGCAACACUUGUUAGAAGUUUACACCGUUGCACAAUUCUUUAGCUUUAAGAGAUACAAGGAUAUAUGUUAAACAUGUCUGCACUGAAAUAAAUGUGCUCUUUUAGAGGUAUCCAACGAGUGGUGUCUGGUUACAUUAUGGGUGGAUAAAAUGAUUUAAGAAUGAGUUAAAACGAUACCAAUUUUCAAUUUGUAAGUUAUAAACCAUCAGACGGCACUAUUAUUCUCCUUGAAUAUUAAGUAUUAGAUACAAUACUAAGUACCUGGUACCUUAACUUACCUUAACUUAUACCUGGUAUAACAGAAUAGCAUUUCUUCCAGAAAUAUUUUCAGUUUCUCCCCUAGGCAGCUAGUUACUAAUGUGCGGGAAAAAACACCCGCCCCACCCCUAGAAUGUUUCUUCGUCGUGCACUCCAUGUACAAUGAGACAGUCGAUUAUCUUUCAUCUUAAACAAUUAAGUAUACCUUCAUCGACUCUGCAAAAGUUGGAUUAAAGUAAAUGUUCAAGUCAGUAUUUUUGUCAUGGUUCCGAUUGCGGGGAAAAGGGGAAGUCCUAGUUUAUGCGUUCAAACUUCAGAGAUCAAGAUACCAGAGAACGUGUUCAUUACUCUUAGUGGAUCGUGCGUAUAUGUUCAAUUUGGAGAUGAACUUUAAAGAGAAAAAUGAGUUUAAUGCUGAAGAUCCGAGAUGAUGGAAAUAUGAAUGGUAUGCAAAAGCAUUGCAGACAUAUUGGGUUAUCUCAAAGACAUUAAAGAGUGCAUUAAUUUAUCGUACACUUUUAAAACACUUUUAAGCUCUUCUCUACGUUGAAACAAAAGCUAUAGAACUUAACUAUUCAGGUAAAUGUAUUCCAUUAAAUGUAGUUUGCGAACAAAUGCUCUGUUUGUUACCUCCAUUCCCUGUAUUUUGAACCAAGGGAAUAACUGCGCAGUUAGUAACUAUUCACAGAAUAUAAGGUUAUGUUUUUGCAUAAAACACCCAGAAACCAAUUUCUAUUACUUUUUUUUAAACUUGCGAAAUGAAUUAACAAAUCAAGGUGUCAUGAUAAAUGUCGUUCUUAGUGUUCAGCAAUUCUAAAUCACCGCCACAAUACCUCUGUAAGUUCCAGCAACACAGUAUAAAGUGUCUGUAAUUUUAUAAGCAGAUUGAAAUUUUAAUUAAGGCUGCGACCUUACCGUAUGAAAACGCUACACGGCUUUGAAAUCACGAUUUAAGAAAUUGUCUUUUAUUCCUUUCCUGAACUUCAAGUAUGCGGAUUGUAAAUAUGAUACAGCUGGUAUAAAACAAGCGGGCAUUAUGCACAUUAUCCUUAAUAAGGAAAUAAAUUGAAUUUGGCUACUGUAUUUUUAAUUGUUCAUUAAAGUGCAAGAGAGGAAUCGUUUGAAACAUA